CAUCAAUCCCAAGAUAAUUAGUUUCAUCACACCUAGACUUACCGAGCAUUACCUCACUGCAAAAGGAGAUCUUUUGAGCAUCUCUGUCACUGCGCGGGAUGGCGAGCGUAAGCAUAACGUACGAGGGGCCACCAGCCCAGCGUCACGUGCUCAAACCCACCGCCAUGACCCCCCUGUCGGCGCUGCUGGCAGAAGCUGCCGGCAAGAUGAAGCCGCCGCUGGAUCCGGCUCACUGCAGCCUGGUGCUCGGGAAGAAGCCUCUGGCCGACCUGACCUGCCCCUGGCGCCUGGCCAACAUCCCCAACGGCAGCGCCCUCGCGCUUGUGUAUGACAAGCCCCCAGCAGGUGCGGUCGCACCUGCGCCGGCGCCAGCCCCCACGCCCGUACUUGCGCCGGCCCCCACGCCUGCCCCCACGCCGGCCCCCGCGCCGGCUCCCGCGCCGGCUCCCGCGCCGGCUCCCGCACCAGCACCGGCCCCCGUCCCCAUACCAGCACCAGCACCAGCACCAGCGCCAGCACCCGCAGCAGCAGCCGCGCCCGCAGCAGCAGCCACCAAGGCCGCUGAGCCCAUGGAUGUGGACUCGGGUGCCGCCGCCGGCCCCAGCACCUCGGCAGCCGCGGCGCCGGCCCCUGCCCGCGCAGCGGCACCCGCAGCCGCGCCGGCGUCUGCAUCGGGCAGUGCGGCGGCGACGGCGGCUCCAGUGGCGGCGGGGAGUGGCAGCGGCGGCGGCGCCGCCAGCGGCGGUGGGCACGUGGCGCUUCGCGAGGGCGAGGAGGAUGAGUUGGGACUGGGUCGGCCCUCGGUGCUGUUCACUCGCCUGGCGCUGGAGGAGGCGCUGGCGGCGGCGGCCAGGCCAGCCGGCGCCGGCGGCGAGGCGGCGGCAGCUGCCGGCCCCGCGGGCGGCGGCGGUGGUGAUGAGGACGAGUCGUUCUGGGAGGUGACACCGGAUGACCUGGUGGCUAUGAUGCGGAGCAGCGCACACAAGCGACACCAGGAGGAGGCGGGCGGCUUCCGCACUCGGGCGGCGCGCGAGGCGGAGGAGGCUGCCAAGGCCGCCGCCUACAGCCGUGUGGCCAUACGCCUGCACCUGCCGGGUGGGGCCAUCCUGCAGGCCACAUUUGCCGCCACGGAGACGCUGGGUGCGCUGCGUGCCGCCGCGCUGUCGAUGUUGCGGCCGGCCGCCGCGGCCGCCGCCUACAUCUACACCACCCCGCCGCGCCAGGUCAUCAAGGCCGACCGGGACGGCGAGUCGCUGUAUCAUGCGGGGCUGGUGCCGGCGGCGCACGUGCACGUGGGGCUGGACGACAAGAAGGUGCCGGCCUCGUCGGCCGGGGAGUCGCCGCUCAAGCCCGAGGUCGAGGCGCGCCUGCGCACCGCCAUCCCCCACCACGUCGCCGCCUUCCACCCGGCCUCAUCGGCAGGCGGCAAGAAGCAGCAGGAGCAGCAGCAGUCGAGGCAGGGAGCCGAGGGCGGGGGUGCGGUGGGGUCGGGCGCGGCGGGGCGGGCGCCGGGCGGCGGGACGGCGGCCGGCGGCGCUGGCGGCAGCGCGGCGGGCGGCAGUGCCGGUGGCGGGGCGGGCAAGAUUCCGAAGUGGCUGAAGCUGGGCGGCAAGUGAGAGCGCCGCGGAGUGUGUUUUGGGGGGUAGCUUGGUUGCCUGGCAGGUGGAGGUGGCUGGACAGCGGUUGCAGGAUGCAUGAAGAGCAGCGUCAGUUGGUGCUUGCAAGUGCUGGUAGUGGUGGCGCGCGACCCUCGAAUCGGACGGGUCGGCUGUGUCACGUUUGAAGGGGGACAGAUAUGCGCAAUAGUGAGACUGCAGCGGUCUUGAUGUCAUUCGGUUGCGCCGCCGCUGUCAGGAGGCGGCGUGUGUAAGGGACUGGGCAUAAUGGGCUUGGAUACUGGCCUGGCGCAUCAUCAGGGCACACCACGCUGUACGGUGCGGACAAGCCCGGUUGUGGGCCCGGUACCCAUAUCCAUACUGUUCUAAUUACAAAUCAGUG